GCUAACUGCGCACUCUCCCAUACUGCAUCUGAAUUGAUCCUUACACUUAUCUGAAUGAGCAUGAUGAGUGUUACCGACCUGUCAACCCACAUUAUCGACUCUGACGGCGAUGUGGUGAUCGUCUUACAGGAUUCCAAUCAUGCGUUUGCGCCCUGGAAUGAGGCCGGAUCCCCGGAGAUGGCUCGUCCAGCUUCGUCAUUAGCCAUCGAUGGGGAUGAUGAGUAUCAGGAGAAUUCCAACGUAGAACCUGUCGAAACCGCCGGUGACUACAAAAAACCGCCGACAAAAGAGGUUCACCGUAUCUUAGUAUCCGGAAAACAUCUAGCUCUCGCGUCAUCCUACUUCAAGAAGAUGCUCCGCGGGACGUGGAAAGAGACCACCUCUCACCUCCCAGCAGACCCCCUGGAGUUAGCCGCCAAAGGCUGGGAUUUGGAAGCACUCUUGAUCGUCCUCAAGGUAUUGCACUGCCAAAGCUCACAGAUCCCGAGGAAACUGAGCUUAGAGAUGAUCGCCAAGAUCGCGGUCGUGGCGGACUACUACCAGUGCAAGGAAGCGCUGGAAUUCUUCUCGCAGACUUGGCUCGAGUCGCUGGCCCAAGAGCCACCAAACACUUACUGCAGGGACCUCUUUUUGUGGAUCUGGAUCUCGUGGUUCUUCGGUCGCCAGAGUCAGUUCCGACAAACCACCUCGACGGCGGCGUCGCGGAGCACCUCGCCUGCAGCCAGCCUCGGCUUACCAAUUCCUGGCGCAAUCAUUGGUCUCAUCAAUGCAACGCGAACCACGGCCAUCGCCGCCAUUCUGCACGGACUGUACAGCACGCUGGAUCGGCUCCUCGACGACCGCUAUUGUAGCUUUGAGUGCAACGCCAUGCUGUAUGGAGCUCUCAGUAAGAGGAUGCAUUCGAGCGGUCUGCUAUACCCCAGGCCCGUGGCGCCUUUUCUGGGUAUAAGUCAUGAAGAGCUUGUGCAGCAGGUGUUGUCCUUCGAACCCCCAAAGUGGACCUUAUGGUACGACGAUCGUCCACACAGAUGCGCUCAGUCUUCCUUCAAGGACCUCCUGGGCAAUCUAAAUACUUCCAUCUCCGGACUGGAUCUUUUUAAGAUGGGAACAUUGUGCACCCAUGAUGAGGUGGACACCCUAGUGCGCUCAUAGCGCCGCAAUGAAUUCAAGUCAAAAAGGCCAAGUCGACAAUUCAACCAGAGAGAAGUGUAUUCAAGAAUCGUCUUAGUCUCGAGCGUGAUUGAUCGCAAAUUAUGGGUGUUUGUAGCUCGUGUAGCCUGGUUCUGGUAAAGUUAGUUAGUGGCCCUUGACCGAGGGUGGGGGGGAAAGCCUGCAACCUACGGAGGCAAUCUACACUCCAUUGGCCUUUUUUGACUCUAUCGUCUAACACGAUGCCUAAGAGAAAC